UCCCGGGCGCCGCGCUCCUGCCGGACUGGACGGACAGACCGACCGACGCGGGCCACCGGGCUCUCCUCGCCGCCGGUGCGGCGGGCGCGGGGCCGCGCGGGGACGCCUGAUAUCUGCAGCGCGGGCGGGCCGCCGCGGAGCGGAACCAGACAAAGGCGCCGGGACGCCUGCAGGACAGGCCUGCCUUAAAGCAGACGGAAUGAAAGGCAGAAGCUUGUAAGCCUACGCAUGACGCCAGAGCACGUCGGCAGAGGGCUCUGUCUCACCCGGACCAGUGAGAGUGAUUUCCCAGCGAUUGCUUCGGCCGGUACAACCAGAGAACAGGAUUCUUUUCUUUUUGGCCGCUAAAUGCCUCUGUACCCCACACUUUCCAGUGAGUGGAGAAGGCUGGAGCUUCUUGGAUGAUGAUGGAUGUUCCGCUGGGCAGGAUGAGGGCAGAGUGUGUGACAUCAACACCACAAGGGGCCAGCGUGAACUCCCUCGUCUCCCUUCCCAGCCAGCUCUCCACUGCCUGGAUCCACCAUGGUGUUUGGUGAGUUUUUCCAUCGCCCGGGACCAGACGAGGAACUUGUCAACUUGAACGUGGGGGGCUUUAAGCAGACGGUCGACCAGAGUACCCUCCUGCGCUUCCCUCACACCAGGCUCGGGAAACUGCUCAGCUGCCACUCGGAGGAGGCCAUCCUGGAACUGUGCGAUGACUACAGCGUGGCCGAUAAAGAGUACUACUUUGAUCGCAACCCCUCGCUGUUCAGAUACGUCUUGAACUUCUAUUACACCGGGAAGCUGCAUGUCAUGGAGGAGCUGUGCGUGUUCUCGUUCUGCCAGGAGAUUGAGUACUGGGGCAUCAACGAGCUCUUCCUGGAUUCCUGCUGCAGUAAUCGCUACCAGGAGCGCAAGGAGGAGAACCACGAGAAGGACUGGGACCAGAAGAGCAACGAUGUGAGCACCGACUCCUCUUUCGAAGAGUCGUCUCUGUUCGAGAAGGAGCUGGAGAAGUUUGACAAGCUGCGAUUUGGCCAGCUCCGGAAGACGAUCUGGAUCCGGAUGGAGAACCCAGCCUACUGCCUGUCGGCCAAACUCAUCGCCAUCUCCUCCCUGAGCGUGGUGCUGGCCUCCAUCGUGGCCAUGUGCAUCCACAGCAUGUCAGAAUUCCAGAACGAGGAUGGGGACGUGGAUGACCCCGUGCUGGAGGGCGUGGAGAUAGCGUGCAUCGCCUGGUUCACGGGCGAGCUGGCCAUCCGGCUGGUUACCGCUCCCUGUCAAAAGAAAUUCUGGAAGAACCCUCUGAACAUAAUUGACUUCGUGUCCAUCGUUCCCUUUUAUGCCACGUUGGCUGUAGACACCAAGGAGGAAGAGAGUGAGGACAUUGAGAACAUGGGCAAAGUGGUCCAGAUCCUCAGGCUCAUGAGGAUUUUCCGAAUUCUCAAGCUUGCCCGGCACUCGGUGGGACUUCGAUCUCUUGGUGCCACACUGAGGCAUAGCUACCAUGAGGUUGGCCUGCUGCUUCUCUUCCUGUCGGUGGGCAUCUCCAUCUUUUCUGUGCUUAUCUACUCUGUGGAGAAAGACGACCACACCUCCAGCCUCACCAGCAUCCCCGUCUGCUGGUGGUGGGCCACCAUCAGCAUGACGACCGUGGGCUAUGGAGACACCCACCCGGUCACCUUGGUGGGAAAGCUGAUUGCCAGCACAUGCAUCAUCUGUGGCAUCUUGGUGGUGGCCCUUCCCAUCACCAUUAUCUUCAACAAGUUCUCCAAGUACUACCAGAAGCAAAAGGACAUCGAUGUGGACCAGUGUAGUGAGGAUGCGCCAGAGAAGUGUCAGGAGCUCCCUUACUUUAACAUUAGAGACAUUUAUGCCCAGCGGAUGCAUGCCUUCAUCACCAGUCUCUCUUCGGUGGGAAUCGUGGUGAGCGACCCCGACUCCACAGAUGCUUCAAGCAUUGAAGACAACGAGGAUGUUUAUAACACAGCAUCCUUGGAGAAUUUACCCCCAACAUGAGCAGGGAGUUUGUGCCUGGACCUUGUGUCCCUUCCCGAUGUUAGGUUAACACAGCUUUAUCAACCUCAAUGGGUUCGUUAAAAUCAUUUACUUCUCAGGGUGUACUCUUCAGCCAUAGUUGGACAUUUCAUUGCUCUGAAAUGAUAGAAACGUCUUUAUUUUUCUCAGUGAGGCGAAUGAAAUGCCUUGCUCUGAAAUUUAUUUUUUACAAGAGAGUUGUGAUAUGAUUUUGAUUUUGCAAAAAAAAGAAUAUGGUGUAUGGUAUUGGGUGGGAUUUCUUGCUCUGGCUUCUGUAUCAUUCUGUGUUUAUCAUUUACUCACAUUGAGCUAACUGACAAGUAGAAUCAAAGGCCCAGCUGGAGGCUACAUGCAUGUAAGAUCCACAAAAUGAGACAAUGCAUGUCAAUCCAUGUUCACACUCUAGACAUGGACAAUAGGAGCCUAAUAAAUUGCCUCAUUCAGUAC